AUGCGUUUGGUUGGUUGGGAAAACGCGGUUUGCGCCUCGCUUGGAGUACCCCAUUUUAGGAGUGUGCAUUCCUGUGUGAGAGGGGAGGCCACGCGAAUACUUUCUUACCGACCGAGGUGGCAAUACGCCUUCCCGUUUCGUUCGAAAAGAAUAACCGACUUUAUUAUGGUGAGGGAAAACUCGGUGGCCUCCAUUGCAUACACGUAUCAACAUCCUUCAAAUCAGGUUAUUGUUACUUUAAUACCACUUCAGCAUUUUGCACACCCUCAGUUUUUUCAUCAAGUGGAUGGGCUUUGCAGUCAACAUGAUUCUGUAUUGAUGGAGGGGCGCACGCCUUUGGCCGGUGCGCCAUUUUCGACAAUUGUUCCUCCGCGUGAGCGUGUUGCUUCGGUACGUCCUUUGGGACAUGAAGAUGAUGAGGGCUGGGAACCGCGAGAAGUGGAACGUUUUUGGCAGCCUUUUUCAUGGGGUGUGAAGGAUUCUCCUCAUAUGACCAUUGUUCAUGCUGCGGACAAAUACGAUUAUGAAAAGUUACCCUGGUGGUGUUCCGUUCGGUUUAAUGUGCCUCUUAUAGGAAGUUUUGCGAGAGAAAAACAUUGCCUGGACAUGAUUUACCCUCUCUUAUCCAACGGCUACAAGUCUUUUGCAAUUCCAUGGGGCGCAGCCCAUAUGCCUAUAUUCAACGAAAUGCUGAUAGACAAUGGCUUUGAACAGAUUGGCAUGUGUUCGCUUGUGGUAUUAAAUCGUAUUGAUGGCGAUAUUAGUGCCGGUGAAUAUGAACGUUUUCGCCGAGUUGAGAAAAGGUAUCAUCGAGUGAUUCAGUCAGCUUGGGGGUUGGCGGCCGCUGGGGCACUGAUGCUCAUGCGCGGGAUGGUAAUUGUGGAGUACCGGAAGGAUUAG